AUGGCUAAACUCAUCCAGAUCCUUGUAGUGGUAGUUUUCUUUGCAGCAAGUUCUUGCGCGGCAACGGAUUCUAGCAGUCACUUUGCAAAGUGCACUGAAGUUAUUAGCUUCUACCUCCAUGAUCUCUUCUUCCCAACGCCUGGGGUGAAUGUCACCACGGCAAUUGUUCUUCCAGGCACGAACAACGCCACCAUGUUUGGAAUGGUGGCCAUCAUCGAUGACAAGCUGACAGAAGGCCCCUCGAUCGACUCCAAGCUCGUGGGAAGAGCCAAAGGAAUAUUAGCAUUCGAUUCUAUCAGCAACAUCAGCCUCCUGGCAAGCAUCACCCUGGAGCUCGAGGGGCGAGAUGGAAACAUCAAUCUACUGGGCCAGAACCGCGCUCUGGAUCCGCAGAGGGAGAUUUCAAUCGUGGGAGGAAGUGGAGAAUUUAGAUUUGUUCAAGGAUUUGCAACACUGAGAACGCAUUCUCGCGAGCCUUACGGCACCAAGGUCUUUUGGCAGGUGUAUGUGAUCAAACUGACCAAGAGCGCCUUCUUGCCUUUGGAUCCCGGGGAUUGCAAACUCCGCGUAGAGAUUGUUGGCGCCCUAGGGAAUGAGAGCGUCCCCUUUCGGGGACUGGGCGCCUUCCCUGGUUUUGAACAAAAUCUAAAAGAAUAA